GAUUCUCCAUUCAGAAGCUCAGCUCAUUGGACUCUUACUCUAGCAUUUCUUCAUUGAUUAGAAGCUAGCUUCCCGCCUCCUAUCACUUCGCGUUAGCAGUCCUUCUUCUCCGGCGACGAUGCCGGCGGGAGGUUUCGCAGUGUCGGCUCCGACGGGGACGGAGUUCGAAGCAAAGAUUACUCCCAUCGUCAUCAUAUCAUGCAUCAUGGCGGCCACCGGCGGCCUCAUGUUCGGUUAUGAUGUUGGCGUUUCAGGUGGUGUGACAUCAAUGAAUGAUUUCUUGAGGAAAUUCUUCCCCAAAGUGUACCGAAGGAAGAACGAGACAGGCUUAGAGAGCAACUACUGCAAGUAUGACAAUCAGGGUCUGCAGCUCUUCACCUCUUCCCUGUACCUCGCCGGCCUCACCGCCACCUUCUUCGCCUCCUACACCACUCGCCGGCUCGGCCGGAGGAUCACUAUGCUCAUCGCCGGUUUCUUCUUCAUAGGCGGCGUUAUCUUUAAUGGCGCAGCGCAGGAUUUGGACAUGCUCAUUGUUGGUCGCAUUCUGCUUGGCUGUGGUGUUGGCUUCGCUAAUCAGGCCGUGCCGCUGUUCUUAUCAGAGAUCGCACCAACCAGAAUCCGCGGUGGGCUUAACAUCCUCUUCCAGCUCAACAUCACCAUCGGCAUCCUUUUUGCCAAUCUCAUCAACUAUGGAACCUCCAAGAUCCACCCAUGGGGUUGGCGUCUAUCUCUCGCUCUCGCCGGCAUCCCCGCCUUCCUCCUCACCAUCGGCGCCCUCUUUGUCGUUGACACCCCUAACAGUCUCAUCGAGCGCGGCCGGCUCGAGCAAGGCCGAGCCGUGCUCAGCCGGAUUCGCGGCACUAACAACGUCGACGCCGAGUUCGAAGAAAUCGUGCAAGCCAGCAACGCUGCUCGUCAAGUGAAACACCCGUUCCGCAACCUCUUGAAGCGGCGCAAUCGGCCACAGCUUGUAAUUGCUAUAGUCAUGCAAAUAUUCCAGCAGUUCACCGGCAUCAACGCCAUCAUGUUCUACUCGCCCGUGCUGUUCAACACCCUUGGCUUUAAAAACGACGCUUCAUUGUACUCCGCCGUGAUAACUGGAGCAGUCAACGUGGUGUCCACGCUGGUGUCGAUCUACUCGGUGGAUCGCGUGGGGCGGCGAGCGCUGCUGCUUGAGGCGGGGGUGCAGAUGUUCUUCUCGCAGGUGGUGAUCUCGGUGGUGCUGGGGUUCAAAGUGAAGGACCACUCAGAGGGCCUCGCUAAAGGCUGGGCGGUGCUGGUGGUUCUGAUGGUCUGCAUCUUCGUCUCCGCCUUCGCGUGGUCUUGGGGGCCGCUCGGCUGGCUGAUACCGAGUGAGACAUUCCCGCUCGAGACUAGAUCUGCCGGACAGAGCGUGACUGUCUGCACCAACCUGCUCUUCACCUUCGUCAUCGCACAAGCCUUCCUUUCCAUGCUCUGCCACAUGAAAUACGGCAUCUUCGCCUUCUUCUCCGGCUGGGUUGUCAUUAUGUCGAUCUUUGUACUUUUCUUCUUGCCGGAGACGAAGAAUGUUCCUAUUGAGGAGAUGACGGAGAGGGUCUGGAAGCAGCACUGGUUCUGGAAGCGCUUUGUCGAGGAUGCCGAGCAGGAGAAAUUGGAGGCCGUGGUUAACAAUGGCAAGGCGGCCAAGGAGGUGGAAUCAGCUUAAGAAUUAAUUAUGAGAUUAAUUAUUAGUAAUGAAUUUGUAUCAUCAGGUGAGUGAGCAGAUGAUUAUUUAGUCUAAUUCAGAUUACUGUCAUCAAUAUACAAAUGAAGUGACCGUUAAAUUAAUUUGCUGUAUACGCUGUGGGGAUUAUGAAUCUAUGAUGAACUCUGUGUUUGGAAAGAGUUCACACUGAAUAUUGACCCAUAAAUUGCUUAAUAUAUGUAAAAAAAACAGAGGAAAAUAAUGAAUUAUACAACUCUUCUUGAACUUGCUAA